UUAAAUAUUGUUUGCAGCGACCUAGCAAUGGCUGAAAGUGUUGAAGAAGGAGCUACGAACGUGGUCCCCACAACCUUGACCAACCCAGAAGUGCUGAGAUAUGGCAGACAGAUGAUAGUUGAUGGUAUAGGCCUACCCGGACAGGAGGGUCUUAAGAAAAGCAAGGUAUUGAUAGUUGGAUUGGGAGCGCUAGGAUGUCCUAGUGCGCACUACCUCGCUGCUGCUGGGGUUGGUACUCUAGGACUACUUGAUGACGAUAUUGUGGACGCCUCCAACCUUCAUAGACAGAUCCUGCACAGCGAGAAAGAGAUAGGAGUACACAAAGUGGACUCAGCCAUAUCCCGACUGCACGCAGUGAACAAGCACGUGACCUUGGUCCCACAUAAAGUGGACCUGAACGCUAGCAACGCUCUACCCAUCAUUGAACAGUACGACCUUGUGUUAGACUGCACCGAUAACGCUACCACUCGCUACCUUGUUAACGACUGUUGCGUGCUUCUCAAGAAGGUUCUAGUGUCCGGUGCUGCUCUGAGAUUCGAGGGACAGGUGUCUACCUACAACUACAAGGGGGGGCCGUGUUACAGGUGUAUUAACCCCAACCCUCCUAACCCUGACACUACUCUCAACUGCUUUGAAGCAGGAGUGCUGGGACCUGUUACAGGAAUAGUAGGAUCUCUCCAAGCCGCCGAAGCUAUAAAGAUAUUAGCUUCCAAUGAGUCUGCGUAUGCUGGUAAGAUGAUGCUGGUCAGCCCGUGGGAUGGUAUAAUGAAGGCGAUAACACUCCGCUCCAGGCAGAAAGAUUGUGUGGUAUGUGGCGACAACCCCUCAGUGACGUCACCAGUUGAUUAUGUGCAGUUCUGUGGUAGUGGGAAGAAUAAAGCGUACAGUAACGCCAGCACUGAACAAGAGAGGAUCACGUGCAAGCAGCUGAAGGAAACACCUUACAAACACCUAAUAGACGUCCGGCCAGCCGUGGAGUUCGGGAUAUGUGCUCUGGGGAAGUCAGUGUGUGUCCCGUUUGGUGAGAUGAUGUCAGACAAGGCGGACUUGGAGCCUCACAUACCUGAAGAUACCUCAGAACCAGUGUACUUGUUGUGCAGGGCCGGUAUUAACUCUCAGGUAGCUGUCCAGUAUCUCAAGGAGAAGUAUCCGAAUCAUUGUUUUAAAGAUAUUAUCGGCGGCUUGUUGGGCUGGACCAGCGAUAUAGACCCUUCUUUCCCUAUGUACUAAGUAACGUGCUCAAAACCAAAAGCUAAAGAAUUAUUGAAGUACGCAGCAACAUGGUUUUAAAGAUCUAAAAAGUGGAAGUCGUUGACCAUUAUUCAUAUGUAAAACUGAAGUUUCACUAAUCUUAAAUUUAAAUUUAAAUUUUUUAAAAUGUUAUUAAUAGGCACCAAUUUGCUGAAUCGUAUUUAUCACAUUGUGAUUAUGAUAGUUUUUAUCUUCCUUUAAAGGCGAGAUGUUUGUUGUUAUUUCAGGUUUGAAAUUAAUCUUUAAUACAAAGGUUUUUAAUUAGCUAGAUGAACGUUAUAAUUUAACGUGUGCUGACAGCGUGGAAUCUUUGUAUGGACUGAGUUGUUAAAGUGUUGAUAAAAUGUUGAAGGAAUGAAGAUAGAAUCAUGAUUAUAUCACGAUUAGUUAUAAAAUACCUUUUAAAAGAGAGUUUGAUUGUUUAAUAGAAAAUACAAAUUGUAUUGAUGGACUUAUUGUAAAAGGUAUAGUAGAUAAAAUUAACAAAAUAAAGUAGACUAAUAGGUAAUAUUUGGCAAUUAUUCGAAUAAUUAUUCCUCAAGACUUUUAACAAGUACCGAAAACUAUGACCAUGGUAUCAAACAACUAACAAAUAACAAAUAAAGAAUAAUCUAGCAUUUUGAUUCACUAGAUAAACGUACUGGCUCCCAAUAUACUUGUUCAGGAUGUCCGGGGGUAAGCGUCCCAUGAAACUAGCUCCCGAUACCCCUACUGAGACUGUUAAAUCUAAAGUGCUAGUAGAGAAGCUGUACAAAGCGAGUCUGACGAGGAGGAUCCUCCUUAAAUCAGGAGUACUGAACAGGAGGGUGGGAGGAGGCUUGUUGUUCUGCCUGGGUUUUGUGGGGGGCACAUUUGUAGCACUGUUUCAGUUACACGUGGCAGUAAGAGGACAGACUUUCUACGACUUUAUUGAGAGGAAGGGGGCUAGGUACAUGUGGGAGGAGAUGAGUGAGAGGGAGAAGAGGAACUUGUUGAUCAAACAUGGUAAAGAACAUCUCAUAGAAGGGUUGUGAUGGGUUCUUAAAGAAAACUGCUUAUUGAAGCUCAUGUCACGUUUUGCUACGCUACUACCAAAGUCUCUAGUAUUUGGAACGAACACCAAAAUUGAUCAACGCGAACAAAUUCUGCGGUGAAAUCCGGUAAUCUGAGCAAUGUGAACUUAUUAUGAUACUAUGUAUCAAACUUCUACUGAGUAUGUAACGUUAAUAACGGAUAUUGAGAGUUAUAUUUUCACUUCGUGUGAAAUGUUUUACCUAUGUUUACAGUGACCAUUUCAAAUCAGUAUAAUAUGUUUAGUGUUA